UCAAACUUGACUUCCGUUAAUUUCAAAAGUUGUUGCGGGAACAGCGUUGUUAUUGCUCAGUGUGCUUCGCGGUUUCUAUCGAUUUUCUUUUCUGAGCGAUAGAACCUCAAUACUAUGGAGGCAGAAGUGACCGUACCUACCCGAAAAGAGCUGCGCCGGCGUGAAAUGAUGAAAUACCUGGCAGCUCAGGGAAAGAGACAACGCUCCAGUGUGAUGCCAUUGGCUGGUGUUGAACUCAAAGAACCUUGCAAGUAUGCGCAGAUGACAUCAAGAAGCAAAGAAAACCAACCUCCACCGUCAGUUUCAAGAAGUGAUUCCAAAAAAAUUGCAGUCUCACUCGUCUCGCGGCGGCCCACGGGAAAAGUGUUAUCUACCCGUAAUCACAAUGAAAACAGCAACCCAAAGCAGAUGCAGGAAACUCGUAGAGAAAGACCUGUGGUCAGUGAGUCGGUAAACGUCUACGAUAAGCCAGCACACCAAAGAACAUCAACUGCUGCUGUGAAGUUAAACGUGACACAAGGAGACAGUCAGAAGAAGAAGCUGAGUGUCCAAGUGCCGUCCUCAAGGAAAAUACAGUCGAAAGACAUCGUAGCCCCUAGACACUCACACAAAGGACCAACAAUUGCCCAUGUGAACACCAUUGAUUCCAGAGUGAAUCUUGGGCCUAUCGUCAAAACAAGAACCGGCUUGACUCCAGCUAUCAUUAUACCCCAGAAUAGAAAGACAGUUGCAACAUUGGCUGUUAGGAAAGGUGCCAUCAAAUCACAACCACAUGGCGCCUCAGUGAGUAAGAGUUCAUCCACCGUUCAAAGUUUUCCAAGAAAGAAUCCGAUUUGCAAGAAAACCACAGACACCACAGCUGAACAUCAGGGUCAACUCCGACCCAUCUGGCAAAAACCUCAGUCAAACAGACUCAAGCCCACAUCCACCUCUUCCCGGAGCACACUAGUCUCGGACAAGGUGUACAGCAAAGCCUCCGGUCUGCUCCAAGAUGGCACAAGAAAGCCCAGGUCUGAUACUGUGGGUCAGAGAAAUCCUCAGAGCAAAAGUGCUCCCUCUGGACCAGGCUUGCUACCCGCCAUCCGGCCACAUUCAAGAGCGACCAUCAACCCUGCUGUCAACCAGCAGCGAGGCAAACCAAGAGCACGUACGGAGGCUGAAGGCAAGAAACCGCCGGUAUCCGUCAACGCUGUGGAAAAGAAAAGUGCUCCAGUGAUGACGAGGACAGUGAGGAAGCCGUCUAAUGUCUCCAAGACGACUGCAAAUCCUGCAGCUCAGGCUGUUCCUCAGACAGCAGUCAAGAAAAUGAGCGCUGUGCAGGUGGAGAGAAUGACCAGGCUGCAGGAGUGGCGGGAAGCCAAAGGCAUUUCCUACAAGCGCCCCUUCAUGCACAUCAAGCCAAAAGUCAAAUGCUCGGUGGCCAAACCUGAGUCAUCUGGGCCCAAGAUGAAUGAGAAGGAGGAGGUCCACGGUUUCAUCUCUGCUGUGGACGGAUCCCUGUCUGACUGCAUCAAGUUGCUCGAAGAGGGCUGCUGCCCGGACAGGGUGAAGAAAAUCAUUGAUCAGCUGCCGGCUGUUUCUCAGAACUUUACCAAGUUCUGGAUCUGUCGGGCUCUUCUCAUGGAGCUGGAGGGCAAUCUUGACGUCCUGCCCAUGUUUGAGGAGGCUGUUCGUGUCGUGCUAGAGCCCGUGGAUGAGCUGAGGGCAGUGGUGUUCCAGAUUCUGAUGAGAAGGGAUAAGAUAAAAGGUGCACCAGCCACUAUUUCAGCGGUGGAGAGCGAGAAACAAACUCCAGCGAACCACUGUGACCUUAUGGUGACUCCUCCCAAAGCGGUUGGAGCUCUCAUCUAUGGGGACACAAGCGGUUCUUCUGCCGUCAAGUACAAGAUCACCUCCACUCCUGGUCACUGUCCUCCAAGCCAGCAGAAGGACCCAAUUAGGUUCAACGGUCAGGAAGUCCGCUUCUUCACUCCGGUGCGGCGAUCGGUACGCAUCGAGCGAGCAUCAUCGCGACUCCCCACCUCCCUCCAGGACCACGACCUGUGCGUGUCCUCCUUCAACGACCUCAUGGCCAAGGAGGAGCAGGAGAGUGGGGGCUCGUCUGAACACCCGGAACGACUCUACGUCUACAGAGAGAACGAAGCUCUGGAGGACAAAGUGACUGUUCAGUUGGUGCACGAGGCUGUGACACCACCUGUUGGGGAACCAGCUGGUUGUUGAGGAGAAAUCGGUGGUAUUUCAAAUGUAAAACAAUAUUUAACCUUCUACUUUGGUGGUGUUAGUUCAGACCUAUUCCGCCUCCUCCCUCUCUCCUGCUUGGAUGUCUUUGUUUUUCU